AUGAGCACAAGGGGAAUAAUUUUGAUUUUGUUACUAUUGACCAUUAACUUCAUUAGUGCGACCAGCAAUUAUGAUCCUUCUGACCCUAAUACCUGGUCGUCACAUGAUCUUAAGGAAUGGUUAGCCGAACAUCGCGUGUCUUAUUCUGGUAUUCCGGAAAAGCAUGAUUUGGUUAUAUUAGUAAAGGCACAUUGGGUUAAUGUGAAAGAUCAAGCCAAGUCCACUAGUGAAGCUGUCGAAAAAUUUGUAACGAAAUACUAUGAGUCAAUCAAAGAUACCAUUGUUGGAGCCGACGAUCAAUCAAUUGAGUUUACUGAAUUCACACGUCAAAUAGCAGAUCAAUUCGAGAAUGCUAGACAAUACGCAGGUCUCACUGAAGAACAGAUUGGAUCUGUUUUUGAUCGAAUUAAUGAAAAGCUGAAGGAAAAUAAGAUCACAAGCAAGAAUUUAACCAAGUCCAUCGAUCAAAUUAAACGUUCAUAUGCGAUGGCCAAGGCUCGUCGCGAUAAACUCAUUCAAGAGGCCGCCAACAAGAUUCAACUCGAAUUGGCCGAUAAGGGACUCUCGCAGGAAACGAUCGAUUGGUUUAAGGAAGAAAUUAAUAAACUUGGAGAAGAUGCGGCCUUUUCUAAAUCGCGCCUUGGAACUCAAGCUUGUUUGGUGUUGCAAGGAAUUCAAGAAAGAUUGGCUCAAUUCAAGGUUGCCACGCCCGAACAAAUUAAAGAGACAAAUGAGAAGUUAAAGUCGGCUAUUGGAGAUGUGUACCAAUCAUUUAACGGAAGUUUUGAGAGAUUACGCAAAGAACUUACCGAUACUAUCGGCUCGACAGCUGAAAAUGUCGUAGAUGAAUUGAAAAGUCAGUUCUCCACGGUCAACGAUUAUCGUCUUAUGACACAAGAAAAAAUUCAAAACAUAAUUGAUCGAAUUGGACAAAAGUUACAGGAUGGGAAGACAAUCACCGUCGAACAACUUCAAAAAGUAAAGGAUAGUAUCGGGAGGUAUUUUGAUACUUUCAAGUAUUAUUAUAAUUCAGCUACGGGCCAAACGAAACAAAUGGUAUUUGAAA